GCCUGAAUUCAGUCGCAUUCGCAUUGCGUUGCCAACCGCUGACAAAACAUACACGCCAGGCGACAUCAUCGCGAGAGCGCGGCGCACCCUCCACGACAAAGACAGGCAAGGCGACGGGGCAGCGACGACGAGACAAGGGACAGCGGUGACGACGAUCACCAGCUACACCCACAGCUACACCCACAACUACACACAGAGUGAGUGAGCGCCAUGGAAGGGGAGCCAAAGAAGAAGCAGUACAACACGCUGCUUGCACGGCGGCGGGCCGAGAUUGGGCGUGUGCACACGCCAGAAAACCCGCAAGUGCAUGACAUGGUGCACGGCGUCACAUCAAAGGCCAUCGAUGCACAAGUGGCAAAACGGGAAGAUGCCGUGGUGCGCAAGCGCCGCCCGCCAGGAUCCCAUGUUGGAUAUGAUCCAUUGCCCACUCCGCAGCUUGGGCGACGCACCCGCAGCAUGCAGCAAAACGUCUUGUUACAGAAGAACGAGCUGGGCAAGUCGUCGUCAACAGGGACGCGACAGAUGCAGGAGAUGGUGCAUGGCGUGAAGACGCACAAGGUGGACACAGCGGAGCAGGCCAUGAACACGUGGCGGUCGCACAGUUACUCAAAGAGCCUGCACGCAGCAAAGGCAAGGCCGCAACUCGACUACAUGGAGAUGAACAAGCGUGCCCUCACCCGCGGCCUGGUUACCCCACGCGAGCAGCUCAGCAUGCGCCAGUCAGAGGUGGUGUACCGCAAGCAACGACUGCCCCAGGCGCCGAAGGGCCAUGACAACUCGCAUGCCCGCCACAUGCUGCACGGCAAACCUUCAGGCCAAAGCGUGUCUGUUGCAGAGUUGAUGACGAGCAGGCCUGGUGACCAGUGGCUGGCGCAGCGUCACGCCGAGCAAGAGCGUGAGCGUGAGCACGCCCGCAUCACGCGCAAGCAAGGCUAUGGCAUGACCCGCGCAGCCGUCCUCCGAACCAAGCGGCCCGAGGCGCCGGCACAGCCGCCAUGGACCAUGAAGAAGUUCCAAAACGCGCAGCCAACGCUGCAGACGUUCAGGGUUCCAGCGCCGAUUGCGCGCAGGCUCGCUUGUCAUCGUGCCCAUCACGCUGGGAUACGUGUUGGCGAUCGGCCUGUUCUUCUGGACCACCAUGUGCAAGCCCGGCAGCAUCGCGCCAGAUCAUGGCCAGCGGCAACACUCCCAGCCACUCCUCUCCUCCGUCAGUGGUGAAGAUGAUGGCGACAUCAACGGUGAUGCCUCCCCAUUGUUGGUAGGGCCCACAGCUGAUGACAGGAGUCAUCACGGCGAGGGGUUUACGACACACCAGUCGCGGCUCACGUCCGCGUCGCUGUCAUCCGAGUCAUUGGCGUCGCUGAAAGAUGCGCCAACGCUUGGCGCUCCUGCAACUGCAGCCACGAGCAGCGAGGAUGGCGGCAGCAACAACAUCAGCACCGUCAGCACCGUCAGCAGCGACUCUGCGCCGCUGAUGCUUGC